UAGACGGUUUUUAGUUUCAGUCUGUGAUCACAUAUUUGGACAGAUAUCUUUUUAUAGAGAGACCUGUAUGACUCUCAAGUCACCACAACUGAGAGAGAACUCUGAAGCACCCUCCUCCACCAAGAUCUAGGGAGGACAGGAGGAGUGAUCUGUGGACGCAAGGAAAGAGAGAUCGAUGGAGUUUGCUGUGGCGGCAUUUAGCGCGGUAGCUGGCGUCGCCGUGUCGAAGCUAAACAGUGUGAAGGGGAGGCCGAACACCGAUGCUAGGAGCAUCAGUGCGGAUCUCAACUCGAUCAAAGCUACCAUGCUAGAUCAUGCAGACCAUGUCCGGCCUAUGAGUUUCUUGCGGGCAGAAUAUUUUGCACAACUGAGGGCCUUGGCAUGUGACAUCGAAGACUGUAUAGACUGCUUCAACGCCAAGAUGACGACCGAUGCUGAUUUUGCAGACGAAAUUGCCCGACUCAAGGAGAGCUCAAAGGAAACGACUGACCGGAUACAUAGGUUUGGCUUUAUUCCUGUACAAGGGGCUGCAGCACAAGAGUCUGCUGUUGCUGUCCCCGCAGAGAUUGAGAAUCUUCAGUGUUUGAUGAGGGGUAAACAUGAUGCUGAUUACCUCAACUGCUUGCUAUAUUUCUGCUUGUUCCCACCUAAUUAUCAUGUCAGGACUAAGCCCCUGAUGAGGAGAUGGACGGCGGAAGGGCUAGUAGGAAGAGAACAAUCCGCAGUCAGCAAUUUGGACAAGUUCAUGGAGUCCAGUAUCAUCAGGUCCACCCAGAAAAGCAGCAAUGGGAAGGUGAAGAGAUGCCAGCCUACUGGCGACACGAUUCGUCAGUACAUCUCCCAACGGUCCAUGUCCGAGAAUUUCAUACUGUUAUGUCACGGUGCGGCCGCCGAAAUGCCGGAGGGACACCCUCGCAGGCUAUCUGUGCAUCCUUGUGCAAAUGUCCCACUGAAUUUGCCUGAGAGUUUAUCUGAUGUCCGGACGUUGGCGGUAUUCUCUACUGCUGCGGGGGAUCUUGAUGAACAUGUUCUACGUUUUGCCAAUUAUAGAGUGCUGCGAGUGCUGGAUCUAAAAGAAUGUGCUCACCUGAGUGAUGGCCAUAUUCAGGCUAUCUACAACCAGGAGCUGAUGAAAUACCUGAGCAUCAAAUCAGGCAUCAUUGAUCGGGUUCCAAGGGAAAUCGGGAAGCUGAAUCAGCUAGAGACACUCGACCUGAGUGGGAGCCCAAAUUGUGACGAUGCUGAUGGAAUAGUGACGGUGUACAAAGAAGUCCUCCUGCUGCCCAAACUGAAGCACCUCCUUGGCAAGUUCCAGCUUUCUAGAAGGGAUUUCUUUGUUUGGAGAUCAGAUGUAGAGAGGUUUCUGAGAGCUAAUAAGAGUGUGCUGGAGACGCUGUCAGGAUUUGUCGUCGGUGGGAGAAAUGGAUUUCAACAGCUGCUGAGUCUUAUGCGGCGGUUGCGGAAGGUGAAGAUAUGGUGCAAAUCCGACGCAAGCCAAGAAAACCUGGGUGUUCUUUCAAGCGCCAUUACUCAAUACAUCAGCGAUGGCGCUGGAGCGCCUCAUCUUAAGCGGUCCCUGUCGAUCGACUUCGGAGCAUGCCCAAGAGAGUUCGUGGAUGAAAUAGACGCAGUGGCGGGCAAGCUCGAUUCGCUCAAGCUGCGUGGUCAAUUGAGCCGCCUCCCUCCGUUUGUUGCAGAGCUUAGUGCACUCGAGGAGCUCUGCCUUUGGUCGACUGGCCUGCGUUGGGAGGUUAUUCGAGAAGGGCUGAGCUUCGUGGGGGGACUGAAAUAUCUCAAGCUUAUUGAAGACAACCUCGGGCUCAUCGACAUAUGGUAUGAUCACCUCAUAAGCAUUGAGCGGUUAUCCAUCGUGUUCAAUGAUCCAAUGCUAAUAGACAUAACAAUCCAAGAUGGCGCGCUGCCUUGUCUUGUGUCGCUUCAUAUCAUCUGUCCACAGCUGCUCCUUCUUCCUGGAAGAGCACUUGGCAUCAAAAUCGCACACAUGACUCAGCUGAAUGAAGUCGCACUCCAUCCUGACGUCGACGUUGGAAUAAAAGCUGAAUGGCAACGCGCCGUCGACGGCCAUACAAAUAGGCCUGUACCCGUCCUUUUGUCCAUUGAAGGACCCUGAUCAAUAAUGCAUACCUCAUCAAACAAGUCGGUGCAAAUCAACAAUGGAGCCACCUCCCGUGUGCAUUGCUGCCAACUUAAGUUGAAUGCUGCUGCUCUCCUUGUGUUAUGGUUUUCUUCUUAUUGUUACUAUUAUAAUUUAUCACAAGGUUUACCACAUGUUUUUUUACCUUCUUCAAAUUAUUAUUUGCGUGCGUACAAUCAGUUGCAUAAUUUUUUAGAGGGAUGAAUCCUUACUCUUGCUGUACAUCUUAUUGUAUUCCUCCGAGUGAAGAACUUUGCUAUUAA